AUGGGCACGAAUAUACCAGAGCCGCAAAGUGGUAUGAAAUCGAAUGCGCAAAUUCCCGGAACGCAGCCGAAACCAAGGUGGUCAUUUAUCCCCGAACCUCAACGAGCCGCAACGUUAGCCGCCCUUACCUUGAGUUGCCAUUCCUAUACCACCCUGGCCAAGAACAAGUACGCAUCAGGACCCGGCUACGUUAAAACUCUGGGAGUCGGGGUAGCGCUAUCUCUCAUACCCCUGCCAACCCCUGCACAUGAUCCUCAGGUACCGAAGCGCGGUGCGGUCGCGCUGGAUUGCGAGAUGGUGGGCGUGGGCAAAGGCGAAUCCGAAGUAGCACGCAUUUCAGCCAUUGAUUACCUCACUGGUGAAGUUCUCAUUGACACGUUGGUUCAGCCGACUCAGCCGGUCACGGACUGGCGCACAAGAUUCAGUGGAAUCACGAAGAAUGCCAUGACUGCGGCCGUGGCCGAGAAACGGGUGCUGAAGGGCUGGCCGGAAGCGCGCGCCGAAUUAUGGAGGUACAUUGAUUCCAAUACUAUUCUAAUCGGCCAAGCAUUACAUCAUGAUUUCGACGCGCUCAGAAUGCAGCAUUGGCAAGUUGUGGAUUCGGCAAUUUUGGCUAAGGAUGCUGUAGGAACUGGCGGAAGCCGGCAAUGGGGACUGAAAACACUGUGUGACCAGUUCUUAGGCAUUGAGAUUCAGAACAAUGGAAAAAGAGGGCAUGACUCCGUUGAGGAUGCUCUCGCUGCGCGGGAGGUGGUGCUAUGGUGUAUCGGCCAUCAGGAGGAGUUGGCAGUUUGGGGAAGAAAGCAGAAAGAGGAAUAUGUCAAAAAGAAGAAGCAAGUGCAUGAGGGUAAAAGAGGAAACAACUCACAACGAAGGCCAUUGUCACAUUUUAACCCGAGAUAUUACACUGACGAUGAGGAUGAUGAGAUCGACACAUGGGAGGAUAUCGCGGAAGCUUGCGGAUGGCCAUAA